CUGGGUCAGCACUUCCUGGGCAAGUUGAUGGAAUGGACCCGUAAAUAUCCCAGUAUGUAUGUAAUCUGGAUAGGACCGAUGCAAGUCCGGGUCAUGCUCCAGCAUCCAGAGUCAAUAAAAAAGAUAUUGACCACAGCAGAUCCUAAGCCAAUUGGAUAUGGUCAAAUAUAUAGACACGGUAUUCCUUGGCUCGGUGAGAGACUCCUGAUUGCAGGGGGUGCCAGAUGGAAGAGAUAUAGACGUCUGCUGACUCCCGCCUUCCACUUCGACAUUCUGAGACCUUACAUUAAGAUCUACAAAUCAUGUGCAGAUCUUUUGGUGAGAAACAUCCAGACGUACUCGGAGAGAAAUGAGAGCAUGGAAAUAUCUAGCCUUGUCGGAUCUUGUACAUUGGACAUCAUACUGAGAUGUGUUUUCUCAUACGAAACGGACUGUCAGAAUAUCAGUGGAAAAGAACAUCCUUACGUCCAAGCUGUGCACAAUCUUGCAAAAGAAUGGACACGUAGAAAUAGUUCUCCAUCGAUCCAUCUAGAUUUCAUUUAUUACCUAACACAAAAGGGUAGGGAAUUCAAGAAAAAUUGUGACUUUGUUCACAAGGUAGCCGAAGAAGUAAUCGAAAAACGACAAAAUACUCUGGAAAAUAACGAUAUGUCUUCGCAGACAUAUUGGGACUUUUUAGACAUUCUGUUGACUGCCAAGGAUGACGACGGUAACAGCAUGUCGAAGGAGGACAUGCUCAGUGAAGUGGAUACGUUUUUGUUUGCAGGUCAUGACACUACAGCCAGCGCCAUCUCGUGGAUCCUGUAUUCAUUAGCGGAACAUCCUGAGCAUCAGCGCAAAUGUCAAGAGGAAUUAGACAGGGUGGUAGAUGACACAGACUCUGGAGACCUGGAAUGGUAA